AUGGAGACUACCACAUUUCCAGAGCACUCACCCCUUCACCGAAGCACCAUCCUCAUAACAGGGGGAAACGGCGGCCUCGCCAGCCAAAUGCUGAAACUCUUCUCUCAACGAGGCUGUUCACACCUCCACUCGGUCGAUCUUCAGCUUCCUCUCCAUCGCCUCGAGGAAAUCACAUAUCAUGUGGGCGAUCUCACUGAUUCCACCGCCAUGCGCCGGAUUUUUCAAACAACCAAACCAGACAUCGUCAUCAACGUGGACGGCACUAAGAGCCUCGUUCAAAUCGCAAAAGAUUCUGGUACCUCAUCGUUCGUGUAUACCAGCUCCGCAAGCGUUGUCAGCGAUGCUGCGACGGAUUUACGAUAUGUUGACGAGACAUUGCCUAUGAUACUGGAGGAGCAACAACGGGCAGAGUUCUAUACGUACACCAAAGCCCUCGCUGAGACGUAUGUUUUGUCGCAGAACCAGCGAGCCCAAGAUAGUAGCAGCAGUAGCGGCGGCACAUCUCACUUCCUAACCUGCGCCAUCAGGCCCUCAGGUAUCUUCGGCUUUGGCGACUUGACCACAAACGUACAAAUCGGUGAUAACAAGAAUCUCUUCGACUUCAAAGAGAACACAAAUGUGGCUUAUGCACAUUACCUCGCCGCUGCCGCACUUACUAAAUCCCAUCAAUACCUCCCAAACGAUGACGCCAAUGUAGAAGGCGAAGCCUUCUUCGUUACAAAAGACGAGCCACGUUUUUUCUGGGAAUUUACCCGCUUGGUCUUGAGGUAUGCAGGUGACAAGACGCGGCCGGGGCAGGUCUGGGUGAUUAGUAAGGCCUGUGCGCUACUUUUGGCGGGGCUGCUAGAGUGGCUGUUUUGGGGGCUGGGGUUGGAUGAAGCGCCGCUGACGAAGACGAAGGUGAGGUUGAGCUGUAUGACGAGGUAUUUUUGUAUUGAGAAAGCGAAGAGCAGGUUGGGAUAUAAGCCUUUGGUUGAGCUGGAGGAGGGACUUGAGCGCGCGAUGGAAGACUGCGUUGGGAGGCGGAGAGUAGGGCAGAAUGCGAUUAAGAGAGAGUAA